CAGCCUUUUCUGAACAACCAAUUUAACUUGAUGAUGGCGGAUGCAACUUAACUGGAUUGUUAAUUAUAUAUAUAUAUAUAUAUAUAUGAUGAUGAUGAUGCUAGCAAGUAAUUUUAGAUAAUUAGCCCCGUUCAGCUCUGCAUGCAAUUUCUUUCUUCGCAAUCCUCCGUCGUAAGCACCUUCAUCAGUGGCAGUCGGCAGGAGGAGUUCGCUCUCCGAUGCCCAUCUCGGGUGAGCACCACCGCCACCAGCAGCAAUUACAACACAACGACGACGAGAGGCAACGUGAGCUGUCCGGCCUACUUCCGGUGGAUCCACACGGUCAAGCCUUUCGCUUACAGCACUACAGCUGGGCCUACAGCUGCCCCUUCACCCUCAGCUGAUGAUUAUUACGGCGGCUAUUAGCUUAUUAAUUUGGGUUAGGCUAUCACCGCGUGGAACAUCCUCGGUGAAUGGCGAAUAAUUAUUCACCGCUUAUUAAUUUGGGUUAGGCUAUCACCGUUCAUUGCUUUUGACGGCGGCGGUGAUGUUAUUCACUGCGGUUGACAGCCGCGGUGAAAUCCAAACAUGUGUAGAUUGGGAAUUUUUUUUAUAACGUAUGUAUUUUGGGAAUAUUUUUUAAUAACGUGUGUAUUUUGAA